AUGCCAAAAGAGAAAUCAAGCAAGAAAGUAACGACAGGAGGAUCAGCAUCCAAAGCAUCAAAAACUGCAUCAUCAACAACAACCACGAGCGAAUCAUCCAAAUCAAACAGCAAGCCAGCAGGAAAGAUCAAAAUGAAAUUUCCAUGCACUCAUGCGUUUGAAUGUACCUCGGGUGAAAUAUUAUGGGGUCAAAUUCAGUGUUUGAUCAAAGGCAGUAAAACCAAAGCACAUGAUGGAGUGAAUGGACCCAUCAGCUCCGGAUUUGGUGGUACCAUUUUGCAAAGCGAAUUCUGCUAUCGUGCUGCAGCUCGCAAGGGUAAAUGGGUUGUAGAGAGAUUUGUCAAUUCCGAGGAUAAGUGGGUAGGAGGCUUUAUUGUUCAUCACGAAGACAUUUCUGGCAAGGAAUUGUUAGAAAGAUGUUCUUCCAUUGGUAUUUCAUUGGCACAGAGUCAUGAGGACAAACAAAUUGUCUAUGUCAAUCGAUACGAUUGGUCAUGGCAUUCUGGAUCGAGCACUGAGGUCGGAAAAGAGCUCAAGUUGUACAAGUCACACAAGAAAAAGAAAAAAGACGAUGACGAGGAUUAUCGUGGCAGUGAUGAAGAGUCUGGCUCUGGAUAUGAUAGUGAAGAGUGUGAGCGUUUGGGAGGUAAUUUUCAAAUGAUUGAUGCCAGUGAGUACGACUCGGUCAUGAAAUUGUUGAGCUCCAAGCAUCCAGAAGAAUGUAUUCAGUAUCGAGCCCCUUCUGGAACUCUGUGUGGAGUACAUGUGUGCGGAGAAGAUACUGAGUACGAGCUUGGCUGGCUAGUUUUCAGUGGUAAGAAGCAUUCAGACUUUCCAGAAAGUGACGAGUUGAUUGGAGUUGUGUAUGAUAGUAGCUAUUGUGCGUUGGAAGGUGACUUUGAGGUCGAAUAA